AUGUUGGAUAUCUGUGAGGAAGGAUUCUGUCAUUGUGAUCGGACGGUUAUAGACUGCAUCAGCUCCAACCAUCCAGUCACAACACAGGUUGAAGAUAACCAACCAAUCACAUCACAGACAGUCCCUCCCUUUGUGAUGGAUCUACCUGAUAAUGACACCUACACUAGUGAUAUGGCCAAUGGAGCAGGAGUGAAUGACACACUGAAUGAGACUUUGAGUAACUUCACCAAUGAGUUGGUGCUGUUCAACAGCUCUCAGAGCAGCAAUAUCCUGAGCACAAAGUAUCCUGCGAUAUUUCAGUCAGGUCCCGAGGAAGAGGAGAAUGAAGCAGAGGAAAGAGACAUGGACAGAAACUCAGAGAGAGGAAGUAUAGUUGAGAGAGAAGAAGAGGAGGCAGUGAAAUAUGAGGAUGCUACCAAUAAAAACACAGUAGCAGCAACUACUUUGGUGCAGCUUCCAUUUAUGAAAGGAAGUAAGGACAAAGAGAUAUUGUUUGAAGAGAAAAAGAGUGAGGAAGAUAAAGAGACUGACAGAGAGAGUGAUUUAAUAGUAAACAAGAGUGAGGAAAGCAGCGCAGAACAACCUGCCGACUUAAGCACAACCAAACCGAAAACUCAAACACAAGCCAACACAAAACCAUCUCAAGAGGAUGAAAGGCACGAGAAAGCCAGUAAGGAAGAUUUACAAAGUGAUGAAGAAGAGGGUGAAUCGGUGAAAACUCAAACCACCGUGAUCCCAUCCAGCGUCAGAGAGGCCAGUCCAUCCACGUGGAUCAUUCCAGCGAUGUUCCCUAAACCUCCCGUUUACAGCGGAUCACCAAGACCAACAGCUCACACAGCUGCACAACCAACGAAGAACCACAAGACCACAUCUACGGUUCCUCACACACCCGUCAGCACACGGACCACAACAUCAGGCCACGCUGCUGUCGAAACAGCAGCUCAUCCCCAGAAACCUCCCCGUCCUGUCCUGGAUCGCUCACCGUCAUUGACCACUACAGCUCAGCAGGAGUCUGCUGAGGAAGACGAGCAAGAGAAAGAGGAAGAGCCAUCAGACAGCUCACAGGAAUCUGAGAAAAUCGAGUCUCACCGGGUCCGGAGACGGGCGGCGCUGCUCUUUGCCUGGUCUUUAGAUCUGCAGCAGCAGCAAGGUGACUCUGAAGAAUGCAGCACUUCUUUCCUCCAGUACAGUGCAUCUGGACAGGUGUUGAGGGACAUGUCUGCUCUGGGAGAAAUGCUGUACUGUCUGACCGGACGAUGUCCACAUGAGUAUCAACACUACGCCUGCUACUGUGGACAGGAAACCCAGUGGACCAACUGGACCGGUGCUGUUUUCUGCAGCAGUGCUGUUUGGAGCAGCUCAGUGUUCUGGGCUGCAGGAAAAACAGAAAACUCAACACUCACAUCAGCUGCCACAAAGGAAAACCUCAAUGUUCAGGUGUGAGUGUGUGUGAUCGACUGCAGUGCAUCUGCGAUCAUUCGACUGCCGAGUGCAUGGCAGCUUCACACUUCAACCAUUCAGUCACCUCCUUGUGUUCUGGGCCCCGCCCACCGUGCCACCGUAAGUCUCAUUCUUCAGCACAAUCAGCCAAUCAGGACUCCAGUGAGGAGAGGAGAGCAAUGAAAUGACCCCAGCCCGGCCUCAAAUUAACACACAAAACCAAUCAAACACACAUGUUCAGCCACACACACCUGAAGAGGA